AUGUCGACCACCGAGAAGCGCACCUCGCCGUCUCCCUUGCACUCGCUGCUCGCCGGUACGAUCGCUGGCGCUGUCGAGGGCUUCCUCACCUAUCCCACCGAAUUCGUCAAGACACAGGCACAGCUGGCCUCGAAUGCAGCUGCCAGUGCCAGCGCCAGCGCCAGUGGUAGCAGUGUUGCAGCUUCUGCUUCUGCCUCUGAUGCCGUCAAGUCCAAAAGCAUGCCCGGCUCUGUCCGCUAUAUCUCGUACGGCGCGCUGCCGGCGCACAAGCUCAACAUCGCCGCCACCGCAUCCGCAGCAGCAACAGCUCCAGCUCCCACCGUUGCGAUGCCUCGGGCAGGGGCGUCUGCCAUGCAGAUCGUGCGCGACACGUGGAAGGUGCACGGCAUCCCCGGCUUUUUCCGCGGUGCAGGCGCCAUGGUGACGGGCAACUCGGCCAAAGCCGGCGUGCGCUUCCUCACCUACGACACGAUCCAGAACCUCCUACGACCCAAAGAGGACGCGGCCACCGCUAGCAGCGGGGGCAAACCAAAACUGGGGAUGGGGCGGUCGAUUCUCGCUGGUUUCCUCGCCGGAUCCGCAGAAGCAAUGCUGGCCGUCACACCGUCAGAUGCAAUCAAGACGCGCAUGAUCCAAGACUCGCUGCAGCCCGCACAUCUUCGCAAGUUCAACGGCCCCAUCGACGCGGUCCGAAAGAUUGUUGCCACCGAGGGCCUCGCCGGGCUGUACCGUGGCCUCAGCGCCACCGUCCUGCGUCAAGGUGCCAACUCGUCUGUGCGCCUCACCUCGUACUCGGUGCUCAAGUCCCUCCAGACGCAAGCCGGAUACGCCAAGUCCACCGCUGCGACCUUCGCGGCUGGUGCGGGCGCCGGCCUGAUCACCGUAUACCUCACCAUGCCCUUCGACGUGGUCAAAACGCGCCUGCAGCAGUCACCGCCCUCCAGCAGCAGCCGCGCGUCGGCACAGAGACCGAGCAUCCUCUCGUGCGGCGUCGACAUCGUCAAGCGCGAAGGCGUCAAGAGCCUGUGGAAGGGCACCACCCCGAGACUGACCCGGUUGAUUUUCAGUGGCGGCAUUGCGUUUACCGCCUACGAGACGGUCAUUGGCUGGUUGAAUCCUCCCACUCUUUGA